GCAACCAUAUUUAAAUGAAUUUGUUUUUAUUUCUAGCAUCACGAAAAUUGGUUACAUAGCAGUUGUAUUUAUCUCAAUUAGAGAAAGUUCUAAAAUUUGGAGGCUUAUUCAGAUAACUUUGCUAUGGAUAUUUUGAAAAAGUUGUAAUCAAAUGAUAUAACUUGUUCGAAUGUUGAAAUCAUGGCAGAAAUUCCUGCUAUCUCAUAUGACACAUUGUAUACUUCUCGGAAGGACUCAGAGGGGUAUUUGGGACAAGGAUCAUUCAGCACUGUUUUUCGUUGCUACCAUCAUGCACAUGGGGAUGUUGCUGUCAAAGUUCUCAAGAAAUGUGGUAGAAACCCUAUAACUUCGUUUAAUAAAGAAGGAUUAAUGCAUCUGAAAGCCAACUCAUCUCCACAUAUUUUGAGCUUGCAUGGUAUUGCCCAACAGGGUGGAUUUGUAUGUUUGGUCCUGGAAUACAUGCCGUUUGGAGAUCUAGCAAGUUUGUUAACAAGUCACAACAUAGAAAUUCCAUGGACUGUCAGACUUCGUGUCCUUUUUGAGACAGCCUCAGCAUUGACUUACCUUCACAACUUUUCUGAAGAUAAAAGAUUUAUUCAUUGCGAUCUGAAGGCUGAAAACAUUCUCUUAAGUGCUGAUCUUCAUGCCAAAAUUGCUGAUUUUGGAGGAUCUACUUUGUCAAGUUAUACAGGAGCAACGGCCGAAAUGUCUAGGUCGGGUUCAUAUAGACCGGAUGAUGGCCUAAUUCAGUAUACACUGAGCCAUGCAGCACCCGAACUUCUCGGUCAGCUGGAUGGGAAACGCACCCCAUAUAUGGAUAUAUACAGUUUUGCAAUAGUGAUGUAUGUUGUUACCAGCCGAAAUCAGCCAUUUAGAACAGUUCUUCCUCAUCUGAUCGAGCAUUGUGUGAAAGGGGGUCAAAGACCAAGAGAGGGGCUUGAAGAGAUUAAAACUGAACUAGCAGAGAAAGGUAUUGCUGUAGACCAAAGUAUACUUAACUGUUUCUUUGAUUUGAUGGAAAAUUGUUGGAAAACCGAACCGAAGGAAAGGCUUCCAAUGGAUAAAGUGCGUGCUCGAUUACAGGUAGAAUUAAGAAACAUUCUUGAUAGUACAAUGUCACAGGAUGUAAAUAAUUUAAAAAGUAAAUUGCCUGCAUUUCCAAGAGGUGGCAUGCCACAAGAUCCUAUUGGUGUUUUGCAGAAGUUUCGCCAUUAUGAAUCUAAUCCCUCAAUAGAGGUACGCCGUCCACAUCAAUCAAGAUGGCAUACUGUCUCACCUGAAGCAAAUCCCCCAUUUAGACGUUCAGAACAACAACAACCUCAACCUUCAACUUCCCAGCCAUCAAGAUCUUUUCCUGUGGAGCCUGUUGAUGAAUUAUCGAGCAGGAUGAGGAAUAUGCAAAUUCCUGGUCCUCCAAUUCAUUCCCCAACUCAAUCGACCAAUUCCCAGUCCCCAUCUGGGAUCAGGGAAUUGGAGGCAAGCUUUGCUGACCCCUAUCUUCGUGAAGGAAAUAAUGUCAGAAUGAUUACUGAUGUUGCUGCCAUAAAAAAUGCUCAAAUUGGACAUGGUGGUUGGAAUGAUUCUUUGUUACAGUUGAGAGAUAUGAUCGGAAUUGUAAAGAAAGUUGAAGACAAUGGUGAUGUUACAGUGUCAUUUUCAGGUGUUCAAAGCCACCGCUUUAAUUCAUGUUCAUUAGUUAAGAUUCCAUCAGAAAGUGAUUUUCAUAUUGGCGAUCUUGUCUGUGUCACUUUGGACAAAGAGAUUGUACAGAUAAUGCAGAAAGAUCAUGGAGGAUGGGUGAAUGACAUGGACUACAUUUUCAAGCAAACUGGGCUUAUUUUCAGGUUCUUGCAAGAGGGUGACAUUUUGGCAGUUUAUAAGAAUGGACUGUACUUUCGAUUCAAUCCAGAUGUAUUAUGCAAGACAAGUGGUCCUGGUGACCUUGAAGAGUUAUGUCUCCGUGAUAAUCCCAAUAUAAAAAUUGGUGAUUAUGUCUGUCAUGAUAUGGAAGAAGAUGUCAUGCGAGAAUUACAAGAGUGGAGCGGAGGGUGGAACAGUGAGAUGUCAAGUCUGAAAGGCAGAGUUGGGAAGUUAGUUUAUGCUGAUUAUCACGGAAGAACCUUUGUUGCAUACAAUUCAAAAUGCUGUUAUGUUUUCAAUCCAGCUGCAAUUACUAAAUUAUCUGAAAACGAAGCAAUACGACGAUUUAAAAACCAUAAAGAUGAAAUGAAGAAACACGCAAAAUUGGUAGUUGAGAGUAAAAUAAAUCGCCGCGAGUUUGCCAUUGGUGAUGUUGUGCGUGUUCAUCUUCCCUUGGAUGUAAUGAUAGAGAUGCAAAGAGGUCAUGGCGGAUGGUGCUACCAGAUGCUGGAGGUAUAUGGUUUAACUGGCAAAGUUAUGGAUUUUGAUGGAUCUCAUAAUGUACAAGUUCUCUUUGACACUGGAAACAAAUGGACAUUCAAUCCUGCGGUUCUCGAUAUCACAUCCACUGAUGGUUCUGUUCCGCCACCUUUGUACGUGCCUCCCUUUCUGAUAGGUGAUAAAGUUCGUGUGAAGAUAGAAGAUCUAAAUAAUGAAAGAAACAUGUCAAUGAACAAAGUUAGACAUGUUUGCAAACUACUUGAAAUUUCUGAAGAGAAGGUAGACAUACUGACUAAAACUGGUGUAGUUGCAGGAAUUGACGAUGAUUUUGAUGUGAUAGUAACUUUCGGAGAAGGAAAAAGUUACGGAAUCAAGCCCGAACAAUUAGAAAAGAUAACAUAAUGAGUUAUCAAGCAUAUAUUUGUGACUGAAUUCUUUUAUAUAUUUCUAAUACUGUAGUUCCCCAUUUUUUCAUGCCUUCUAUUGACUUGCAUUGAAGUUGCACUCCUUCAACAGAAUCUGUUGAUUAUAUCGAUUUUUGUCAUUUGCAACUAAGUGGUCUCUACUGACACAAUGCUUGCCAUCAAAGCAGCUUACAGAAAUGGCCUUGAAGAAUUCAUUUAUUUCACUGUUUUGUUUUUAUGUGUUCUUCUGUGAACCCCUGGUUGGAAUCCUUCAAUGAGUACUCUCGAGUUCCUAUAGUUCUGAAAUAGUUAAUAUGCAAAUAAAUAAAAUAUAUAGUAAUAAUUUUAACAUAUUUUAAAUUCAACAUUGUAGAAACUUUAAUUUUGUAUUCAUAUUAUCAAAAUGUUUGAUAUAAUGAUUACCUGCCUUAUGCAUUUAUGACGUAACAACUUACGUUACAGGUUACAUUAAUAUGAGAAUGAACUGUGGGAUAAUAUACUGCCCAACUCCUGGUGAAAUAACAUCUCAUUCACACCGCUUAAAUCAUGCAAUAAAAGUAUUAUUUUUGAUUUGAUGAGAAUGAACUAGUCUAGGUAAAUGAAGUAUAUUCAUAAUUGCUGUUGCUUGAAUAGUUGCAAUUGAAAGAACUUAUAAUACGAGAAUAUCAUUAUGAACAAUGUUACUAAUCUAAAGCAUCAACCAAGAUAAGAUUAUGUUGCUUCCAUGGGUGAAAGUUGACAAUUCUAAGUUGUGGUGCUAAUAACAAAACAUGCUUCCGCUGUAUUAAUUAAUGCGAAAUGUAUAGAAGAAACGUCAUUAAUGAUUUAAUAUUUUACUACAUUGUAUAUUUUAUUCAAUUAUGACUUUAAGUCAUUUUAACGUUUUAUCUAAUGAUCAACAUUACCCUAUUAAUUUGAAGUUUCUAAUCGUUCUGUAUCAUGUAUGAGUUCCUGUUCCUUAUUUUUUGGUUAUUUCAGCAUUGCAUGGUGUUCUUAUUUACAUAUAUUUCUUGCUUGAACAGCCGUAUCAAAUAUUUUAUUACUUCCGGUUAUAUUCACUAAUUUGGGCUCAUAAAAUUUACCUUGUGCAUUAUAUGAUUAUGUGUCACCCCUAUCAAUGAAUGAAUCUCAUCCAAUUUUGGAGCACUAGCAUGAUAUAACUGGCAUUGCCGUCCAAUUGAAACAAUCUAAUUUCAUUUCUUCGUAUUAUUCUAUGAGCUAGUUUUGUUUUUCUUUAUUGCGUUUAAUUUCAACUAUGUAUCUACUUUACUAAUUUACUUUUAUUAAUAGAAUCGUCAUCAUGCA